AUGGACGUGAAUGAGAACGGACUUCUCUUUUCUCCCUCUCUCCAUCUGACCACCGAGUGCAUGAGGGCUGGCCAGACCGAGCCAGCUCCCACCCAGGAGCUCCGGAAAUCGCCACCCUGCAGCUUUCCCAGGGAUUGGAGAGGACUUCUGAAUUAUGACCCUGGGAAAACAUGGCUGAAGACUUCACUGAGUGUGAGCACCACUCAGGCCGCAGCAGGGGGCCCUGAUUCCGUGGUGCUGUCAGCAGGGCGAGGGGCAGCAGGAGGAAUCCCAGGGCUGGACGUGGCUUGGCUCCGGGUGGCCCCAAGCCUCCUGCUCUCUGUCCUCCUGGCGGAGAUGAGGCUGGUGCCUGGCCUGGCCCUUAGUCCUGGGUCACCAGAAGCCCACGCAGGGAUGGAUACUAUGGAGCCUCAGCCUCCUCAGAACCAGACUCGGGUGGCGGGAGUGCAGGCUCCUACUGAUGGGGAGGAUGAGCUGGGGACAGAGGGGGCCUAGCUGAUGACCAGCCAGCAGCUGUCUGGUGAGAUUUCAAACUUUGGGCUCAACCUCCUGUGAAAGAUGCCCAUGAGGGAUAGGGCAAUGCGGUCUACUCCCUUGGCCAUGGUAGGCCUGAUGCUGGGGUCAGAGGGAGAGAGCCAGGUGGAAAGCAGCCUCCACCUGUAGGCCCUGAGCCACACCACGCCCCUGCUCCUGCCUCCCUCUUUAAGCUGAUCAGAGAGACCCUCUCCACCAGAGCUGGGCCUUGCCCAGGGGAGUUUUGCUUUCAUCCACAAGGAUUUUGAUUGCAAAGAGACCUUCCCCAAUUCACCCAAGAGGUCCCUUGAUAAAGCAUAUGCCUGUGAAUUUUCACAGUGCCCUCAGGCCCAGGGGAUCAUGAAAUUACACAAAGAGCCUCAGGGGGAAGUUCCCCAGCUAUUUGAUGAGAUUAAUCAAACCAAAUUGAUUCUUGUGGAUCACAUCUUGUUCUGAGGGACUUGGAUCAUGGAAGCGGCUGGCCGCAUGUGGCCCACCUUCACCAAAGCUGACACUUUCCACCUGGACAAGUCCAAGGCAGUCAAGGUGCCGGUGAUGUACAGRGCAGGCAAGUCUGCCUCCACCUUUGAUAAGAAGGUUCACUGCCAUGUCCUCCCACUGCCCUACUGAGGAAACGCCACCAUGCUGGUGGUCCUCAUGGGGAACACAGGUGACCACCUGGCCCUGGAAGGUGGUCUGACCACAGAGCUGGUGGAGACAUGGCUCAGGAAUAGGUUUUUUCAAUCAGUGAUUGAAGAUGAUGAGAAAGGAACUGAGGCGGUGGCAGGAACCCUGACAGAAAUCACGUAUUCCCUGCCUCCCGUCACCAAGGUGCCCCGGCCAUUCCAUUUGAGGGUCUACAAGGAAACCUCGAGGGUGCUCCUAUUUCUGCAGGGUGGUGAAUCCAAUUUCCUGUGA